UAAAUCCGCCGUGAAUUUAGCGAGGAUCCUCGGCUGAAUGUGUUGGGCCAGCAUCAGCUGUCCGUUUCUUGCGCUUUCUGAAAUUCAGUCGACCAUCUGCUUUCUCUGCCAGCUCGCAACCUGCCAGCUUACAGAUCCAAUUUCAUACUUCGUCUACUUUCUCAUUCCUUUUCCCGUCGAGUAGUAUCCUGAAAUUCCCUUUUGCUCGUCAGCUGGACCCUGGCAGUUCCCUAAACCUAUGUAGCUCUUGCGGCGCGUGUAAACUAUGUCGGCCGAAUUUAAGAGUUCAAUUUCUGGUUCAAUUUCUGGUAGCUUGAUUCCUUCUACUUUCACUGAUACUCGCCAAGAUGCUGACAUGGAACAGCUGCGCGCGUUCAUCGACACGUGUCCGCUUCUCGACCACCACUGCCACUGCUUGAUGGAGCUCGAGCCUCCCGUUACAGUCACAUCUCUCAGCGACGCGCUGCUAGGAACGCUGACGGAAGCGCAUGGAAAAGCGCGAGAACACGCAGUACACUCCAUCGCCGUUAAGCGCAGUAUCCGUGAGCUGGCGGCCGCCCUGUCAGCGGACGCCAUGUCACUGGAGGCAGUCGCAGCUGCUCGGCUGCGAUUGGGCGACGCUGCAGCCAAUCAGAAGCUGUUUGGUGCUGCGAGAAUCUCUGCUCUGCUUAUAGACGAUGGGCUCAGAGGCGGGGUGGCUAAUAGCGCGGAUUGGAACUGGGGAGCGGGAAGUGGAGGCGGAGAGGGAGAAGGGGGGCGAGGGGAGGGAGGUGCAGGAGAAGGUGGAGGGUCAAUGGACGAACAACAGCAGGGGGGGGACGAGCAGCGGAGGGGGGACGAAAAACAGGAGAGGGGGGACGAAAAACAGGAGAGGGGGGACGAAAAACAGGAGAGGGGGGACGAGCAGCAGGGAGGGGAGCAGGGAGAGGGAGGGAGGUGGAGGUGGAGGGGCGUGGCAUGGCAUGAGGGGCUAGCACCGGUGGUGCGGCGAGUGCUGCGGCUGGAAACCCUAGCAGAAGAUAUUUUGGUGGGACCUGCGCCAGGUGGCACGUGGACAUUGGGCAGCUUCUCCAAGCGGUUCCAUGAUGCCAUCGACCCAUACCCUUCUCCUCUAUUUUUGAGGCGCCUCAAAACUGGACUCUUCCUCUUGGUCUUCGUAGCCUUGCUUGGUCCACCCUGUUUUCUUCUCUGUUAGGAUGAUAGUCCUCUUGUUAUUCUGUUCGGACCCAUCCGUAAUCUUCUGCUAUCAAUCUUUGCUGUCCUGCCAACUUGUGACCUUGUUAUCCUUCACUCAAACUUUGCCCGCUUGUUUUUCUUCUCCUUAACCCUUUUCUUUACCCCUUGACUCUCAUUGACCCGCGUUGACUCCACUCUGCCGCCUGGAGUGGUUGCCCUCAAGACCAUUGCAGCCUCCAGCUGCGGUCUCUUCAUCGAUCCCUUUGUUCUCCUUAACCCUUCUUGACUCCCCUUGACUUGUUUUGACCACUGUUGACCUUUGUUGACUCCACCCCGCCGCCUGGAGUGGUGGCCUUCAAGACCAUUGCAGCCUACCGCUGUGGCCUCUCCAUCGAUCCAUUAGUGACGCCUGCGGAAGUGGAGCUGGGCAUUCAAGCCGCGCUGGCUUCGGUAGCCCGGACCUCGCCGCCGAGCCUCCGCCUGUCCGACCCUCGGGUGAUCAGCUUCUGCAUCGCCAGUGCUCUUGCUGUGGCUGCUAAGCACCAGAUGCCUCUGCAGAUACACUGUGGCUUUGGCGACAGGGACCUGGACUUGGCAGCAGCCAACCCCCUCUGCUUGCGCCCUCUGCUGGAGUUCAAUGAGGGGCUGGUCGAGGAGGAGCAACGGGGGGAGGCGCAACUGGGGCAGGCAGAUAGGGAGGUCUGUAGCCCUGGAAGCUACGCUGCGCCUAUCGUUCUCCUGCACUCCUGCUACCCGUUCACGAGGGAAGCUUCCUACCUCGCUUCUGUGUACUCCACGGUGCAUCUUGACUGUGGUCUGGUCUUCAGCAAGCUUUCUCUCUUGGGCACGAAGGCAGCCCUCGUAGACUUGCUUGACCUCGCCCCUCUUAAUAAGGUCAUGAUGAGCACAGACGCCGUGGGAUUCGCUGAACCUUAUUACUUGAGUGCCAUGUGGGGUAGGCGCAUCCUUUUUCUCGCUCUUUCUUCAAUUGUGCAAGGAGGCGACCUUACUCUCCCAGAGGCACUGCAUGUUGCUUGUGGACUUCUCCAUAACAAUGCGCUUCGCCUGUAUCGACUCAAUAUGCCAAGUGUUCGCCACCCCUCGGGCCCUAUCACUACGUAAAUCCUUGAAAGCCCCAUUUUUUAGUAGAUGAAUACAACAAGUGAUGUUGAAUGAAGCUAAGUUAAAUGGUAUUAUUUGGUGUGUUAUUAAGGUGUUAUUAUUUC